AUGGCCGACGCGAGGAAGGCCAGCGUGGCCUCUGCAGUCUCCAAGUCUUCCUCAUCCGUGAAGUCGUCCACUUCGUCGAAGUCCAAGGACAGCGGCAAGGCCAAGAAACCGAAGAAGUCGCGAGUUCCCGAAGAAGGCAAGGCUAGUGUCGCUCCAGAACCGCCACCGGAACCGGAAGUGCCCGAAUCACGCGGCCGAUCCAAGGAACAUUUAAAGGCGGCCUUCAUGAUGGAGAAGACUUCAUUCCUGACGACGGAAGCUGGCCCGCUGCUGCGAACAGCGCCCACCGCUUUUUCCCGGAUGCAGCCGAGGAAAUCGAUUAGCGCUAAAGGACAGUACGUCGAAGCGAGUGCGAAAGCUGAAGCAGAGGCCAGGUACCGCGGCAGGGUGAUCAUGCUGCUGGUCGUCCCAGCGAUCACCGUUGUCCUCGUCCUGAUGGCGGUGGUCAUCUACAUCGUCACCAUGGAAAAGCCCCGAAUACGCGUGGAUACCUGCAAGAGCGACGACUGUGCUGCUUUUGGCAAAGAGCUGCACGCUGCCAUCAACUGGUCGAUCGACCCGUGCCAAGACUUCCACGCGUUCGUGUGCGGCGGUUGGGAUGACCCUCUACGCCAAAAGACAACCGAAUCGAGAAUGGUAGCCGCGGCCUUGGAUCUGGCGAUCCAGGAAGCCAAAGCUGACCUGGUGCAGCAAGGCAACGCACCGCAGCAACGCAGCAAGGCCACCAAUUUCUUCGGGAGCUGCAUCAUCGCCGGCACGCAGAAGCAGAACAACCUGAAAGAGUUCGCUGAUCUCCGGCACUCCCUGGGGCUCUUAUGGCCCGAGCGCAAUCUUAGCGACACAACCCACCCGCUCGACAUCAUGGUGAACCUGGCGCUGAACUGGGAAAUGAACUUCCUCUUCGACCUCGGUGCCGUUGCCGUACGCCAGUCCAUCGCCCUGCUUAUCUCACGCGGUCGCAUGGAUAACGUGUGGGAGGAGAACCUGCGCCGUGCCAGGACGAUCGAAGCGUACGAGAAAUACGUCAAUGAUUACUACGAUGUUCUCAAAGUCAAUGGCUCGCAAAUUGGCGUGACAGCAGCCGAACUCCUCGAUAUAGAGAAAACCAUAAUCAAAGCGAAGUACGAGUUCCUGUAUGGCCCAUCUCGCCAGGACUGGUUCAAAGUGAGCGCCCUAGAUGGAAAGACACCAUCGGUGCCGGCGGGCUUGUGGCUUACUCUUCUAAGAAAGCACGACAAGCAGUACGACUGGAAGGGCGAGGACACCGCGAUAGUCGAGGACGUCAAAAUACUGGAGAACCUCGAACACCUGCUGAAAGCCCUGGGCCAUGACAAGCUGAUCACCGGAAUGUCGUGGAUAUUCAUUCAGACGCACCUCUGGGCUGUUUACGGGGAGCCUUCGCUGCGAUUCACUGGCAAGGAUGAAGAACUGGUGCAGAUGCAAGAGCGCGGCUGCAUGGAAUACGUCGGAUCUCGUCUCGGCCUCCUUGGCUGGGCAAAGUAUUUCACCGACACGUAUCGCAACAAAGAUGACCGACUGCACGUCACCAGUUUCUUGCACCGAAUCAACGAGCAGACGAAGCGCCUGAUUAACAAGCUCAGCUGGAUGGAUUCCCAGAACAAGCUGAUGGUCUUCUCGAAGCUGGACAAGAUGUCACGCGUCGUACUGCCCAGUGACAGCUUUUUCGACGCGAAAAAGAGGGAAGAACUGUACAGCGUGUUUCCCGAUAUGAGCGGCAACACCUUCGUGACGAACCUGGUGAACGCGUCCAAAGUUUACCAGAGGCUGCGCAACCACGAACACUUCGCCGACGUGUACAGCAUUCGCAUGGUUCCGCGGUAUGGUCGCGAGCUUUACCUCUAUUUAGCGAACUCGAUGGCGAUCGCCUUAGUGACCCUCAGCCCACCAAUGUACUACAAGGACGCAACGCUGGCGAUUAAAUACGGCGCCAUGGGCUCCUUUGUAGCUCGAGAGAUGGCCAGGGCGUUCGACGAAAUGGGUGUCACGGUGGACGAUACGGGAAAGCGCGAACCCUGGCUCGGGGCCGAGGCUGCCGCAGCGUAUGCCAACAAGGCUAACUGCGAUGUUCGCGGAGGGUCGGACAGCGCCCCGUGGCGUCCGAUACGUGCGCUGCCUGUCAUGCCAGGGCUAGAGAUCGCUUUCGAGGCCUUCAUAGCGGCCGUGGCGGUUGACUACCGAGCCCUGGUAGACUUCAAGGUUCUUUAUUUGGAGAUGUUCACUGACUUGCAGAUUUUCUUUGUCGCGUACUGCUACUCCCUUUGCUCUAAGAGGACCCACACCAUGCUCGAUGAAUGCAACGUUCCGGCCAUGAACUCGCCAAUCUUCGCUGAGGUAUUCCACUGUCCCGUCAAUUCCCCCAUGAACCCACCCAAAAAAUGCACGUUUUUCGACAGGUGA